AUGGCAGGAAUGACAGCGAAAGUCUUCUACGGCAGCUCCCGACAGAAACAUGGACAAGGUGAGAAGCCUUUUACCUGUAACAUUUGUAACAAGAACUUUACUUCCAAGAGUCACUUGACUACUCACAGCAGAAUUCACACAGGUGAGAAGCCUUUUGAAUGUCUAUCCUGUGGAAAACGCUUCACCUCUAAGACUGAUCUUAAUGUUCACACCAGAAUUCACACUUGUGAGAAACCUUUUCAAUGCCUGUCCUGUCCAAAAAGCUUCACUCAGAAAUCUAAUUUUGACAAGCACAUGAGAAUUCACACUGGUGAGAAGCCUUUUACCUGUAACAUUUGUAACAAGAACUUUACUGAAAGAAGCAGUUUGACUAGACACACCAGAAUUCACACAGGUGAGAAGCCUUUUGAAUGUCUUUCCUGUGGAAAACGCUUCACUCGGAAAUCUCAUUUUGACAGGCACAUGAGAAUUCACACGGGUGAGAAGCCUUUUGAAUGUCUAUCCUGUGGAAAACGCUUCACCUCUAAGACUGAUCUUAAUGUUCACACCAGAAUUCAUACAGGUGAGAAGCCUUUUGAAUGUCUUUCCUGUGGAAAAAGCUUCACUCAGAAAUCUAGUUUUGACAGGCACAUGAGAAUUCACACUGGUGAGAAGCCUUUUUUAUGUCUGUACUGUGGAAAACGCUUCACCUCUAAGACUGUUCUUAAUACUCACAUCAGAAUUCACACUGGUGAGAAGCCUUUUGAAUGUCUUUCCUGUGGAAGAUGCUUCACUCGGAAAUCUCAUUUUGAGAUACACAUGAGAAUUCACACGGAUGAGAAACCUUUUUCCUGUACCAUUUGUAACAAGAAUUUUACUGCCAAGAGUCAAUUGACUACACACAUGAGAAUUCACACAGGUGAGAAGCCUUUUGAAUGUCUUUUCUGUGGAAGAUGCUUCACUCAGAAAUCUCAUUUUGAGAUACACAUGAGAAUUCACACAGGUGAGAAGCCUUUUGAAUGUCUUUUCUGUGGAAGAUGCUUCACUCAGAAAUCUCAUUUUGAGAUACACAUGAGAAUUCAUACAG